GAGGACAAGGACGAGCACGACAACGGCGACGACGACGAUAACGACGACGAGGACGAGGACGGAGGACGGCCGGUGGCGUGGGGGGUGGACAUCCACGCGGGAACUCGAGGCAGGCGCACCCGGCCGGCACGCACACACAUUCAUUCUAAGAUGUGAUUUCAAAAAUGGCGGAUUGCCCCUAUGCCCGUUGCAUACAGGAACGCAGACACAUCCGACGGGAGCUGCUGCGAUGGACAAAGAAUAUGGUCUUCGUAGUCGGUCUGGAACGGGUAGCGGAGGAGUUGAUGGGCCGUAGGAGAUGGAAGCAAUAUCAGGACACCCUGUACAGCGGUACUCGCAGCAGCGAAUCAGUGACGGCACAGCCCCACCACCGGCUAUACACGGCGUUCUCGUCGUCCUGCGACCCGGUGCCCGGGAACCUGGAACAAAUUGGGUCGCGUCCGCUUCAUCCUGUGUCCUCCUCGUUACCUACAACGAUAACCACCACAACGACGGUGUUACCGGCAACGACCUCGACGACAGCGGCAACGACCACGGCGGCCACGACCACCACCACGACCACGACCACGACUACGGGCCUGAUCAAGCAGGAAAGCCUGCAGAGGCAUCACCUGCAAAAUCACCAUCAUCUUCAGUCCUCCGUUCAAGAUCAUCACCAUCGUCACUAUCAACAGCAACAGCAACGACAGCAGCAACAGCAGCAACAGCAACAGCAACAGCAACAGCAACAACAACAACAACGGCAACAAGAAGAACGCCGUCUCAGGCCGGACGAGAUCAAGGUCGAGGUCGCGGAGGACGAGUUCGCGAACGGUGUCGCUCGGGAGGAAUCGGCUCCGGACACGUCGACGACGACGACGACGACGACGACGACUACGGUGACUGCGGCCACAACGACGACGUCGACGACGACGACACCGGGAACGAGCAACCUCGCGAGCACCAGCACCGCGAGCGGUACGAUCGCGACGAGUAUCGCGACGCCGAAUAUCGCGGCUGCCAUGACCACGGGUACCACCACGAUUCCGACCAGGCGACGACGCAAACGACGGCAAAACGACGGAGAGGCUACCGACGACAGAGAGGACGACGAAGAGAACGAGGAAGAGGAGGAGGGAAGAGGAGGAGGGGGCCAGAGCGAGGUGGAGAAACGGCUGAAGCUCGACGAAGACGUCGACAGGCCCAUCAGCCCCUUGAGGAGGGAGAAGGAUCGAGGAUCUCGAGAUUAUCCGACUGCCAACGCUACCGAUACGGAAGGGACCAAGGAACGAACGGAAGAAGUCGCGUUGGAGCGGACACCGGUGACGCAGGGAUUGUUAAGAGUAAAGAAGGAGGAGGAGUUGCAAGAAGUGCCGAGUUCUGGAGGCGGUCCAACGAUAUUGACGACACCGGCGUCGGAUUCGGAUGGGACCAGGUCAGGGUUGCCGUGUCGGGAGGUUGAAGCGGCCGCUAGGAACACGGUAGCACCGUUUCUCAUUGGCAGCCGACGCAACAGCCCACCGCCAGAAGACUGGAAGCCGCUAGACAAGUGUUACUUUUGCCUGGACGGCAAGCUACCGCACGAUGAUCAACCACCCCUCAGUCCGCAGAGCGACAGUAGCAGCAGCUCGCGAUCGGCCGAGUCACCGAUGUCGGUCCAGGUGGACCCGAUGGCGGCGUCCGUAGUCGCCGCGGCUCUCAGCGGUACCUACCCCACCUUACUGCCUCAAUGGUGUCUACCACCAAGGGAGGCGCCUCUAGUUGGGGUGCAGCCUCAUCAGGACAGUGCAACGUCGGCCGACCAACCUCUCGACCUCUCGGCCAAACCCAAAAAUUCUCAGGAUAACAACAUAUCUCUAUUGGAACAACAGAAAAUACCUCUGAGGGUGACAGCAGGUAUCGACCCCAAGAGUAUCUUUAAUUCUUGCUAUCGCGCGAAACCUCGUAUGACCGGGCCGGUAGCGGCCGUGGCGGCGGCAGCAGCAGCUGCGGCAGGCGUCGGUGGUGUCCCCGUGGUGGGUGCCGGGGGUGGCCGGAGGGCCUACACCGAGGAGGAACUGCAAGCCGCGCUUAGGGAUAUCCAGAGUGGCAAGCUCGGCACACGAAGGGCGGCCGUGAUCUACGGAAUACCGCGUAGCACCCUGCGCAACAAGGUCUACAAGCUUGCGAUGGAGCGCGAAAGGGACGCGUCCCUGACUAGCACCCACUCACACCCUCACGAGCCCGGCGCCCCAGCCACCACCACCACCACCAUCACCACCACCACCACCACUACUACUACAACUACAACUACAACACCACCAAAUACGACCCAAAACGCCUCCGCGACCACUCCGCCCCCGCAAGUGGAUGAGGUGGACGACAAAGAACUGUCCGGAGCGGAAGAGGAGAAAGAAGUGGAGAAAGCUCUGCUGAAGCCACUGUGGUCCUUGGAAGAUCUCGUCAGGUUAUCCGCACUCGAAGGAAGCGGCGGAGAUUCGCUGAGAACGUUGUUACAACGGGGAAACGAGACGGGAGCCGAGUGGCCAGGUCUUGAACACGCGAGCAUCGGUCCGUAUAUACAAAAGAUGCUCGCAGCAGCUGCGCCGUUCAAAGGCAUGGAGACGCAAGACUAUCGCAUUCCAGAGGUGAUGAGAAGGCUGAUGAGCGAAGACAAGAGGCUAAACAAAAGCGUAAACGGGGACCAGUCGCAGCCAUCGCAUCAGCAACUGCAUCAUCAUCAAUCGCACCCGACGCACCCGCAAGCCCAGGCACAGUCGCAGACGCAACAGCAACAGCAACGCGGCCCGAUGACGAACGACGACUUCAAUCCCAACAUCGAGGAGGAAGCGAGCGACAGUGCUCAAGGGAGAGCGAUUCUCAAGAUUCCGUCCUACAAGCCCGCGAGCACGCCCGGUUGUUCGAGCAAGAACGGCGAACCAACGUCAGCCGCUUUCGCGCAAGGAUUCGCGGCCGCGACCGCGGCCUCGAGUCCGGGCCUUCUGGAACGAGCGAGUCCGGCGUUCUCCGGCACCAGUAGUCCGACCAAUUCGUUGGUGGGGAAAACGGUGGCCGUUAAUUUCCGCGACGUGAUCGCCAAAAGCAUCAGCGUAAAAUUCCAAGAGGGCCAAGCGGUGGCAACGCCUGGAAUGCCCGGCUGUCAAUCGGCCGGUGUGGUACAGUCGCAGCAGACGAUAAUGACGGACCCGAGUCCGUUCAAGAGAGGUAGAUACACGCCGCCUCAGCCUGCGUCGCAGCAAGGCCAAUCGCAGGCGAAACCGCAGACCACCCAGGAGGCGAACAAACCGAAACCGGCAACCGGUGGCAAAGGAACUAGACCGAAACGGGGCAAGUAUAGGAACUACGAUAGGGAUAGUCUGGUCGAGGCUGUACGCGCGGUUCAACGGGGUGAAAUGAGCGUCCAUCGUGCAGGCAGCUAUUACGGAGUACCGCACUCCACCCUUGAGUACAAAGUUAAGGAACGACACCUGAUGAGGCCGAGAAAGAGGGACCAGAAACAGUCGGACGAUAAGACGAAGGAGACAUCGGCCGCGGCAGCAGCGGCGGCAGCCACCGCGAGUAUACGACCUGGUACGACGGACAAGAAGCCGCAAUUGAAACCGCAGAAACCGUUCACGUCACCGGGCGGUAUACCAGGACCGAACGGAAUCAAGAUGCCACCGUUCAUGGAGGGCAUGCCUCACUUACCGUUCGCGCCGUUCAAUUUUUGGAGUCCGCCGCCGUUCAUGCCAUCGCCGUUCAUGGCAGGGGCGCCGAACGUGCCGACCAUCCUGCCGGAGCAGUAUUUCGCUACCAGCAGGAUACGCGGCCUGCAGGAACAGCAAAGGAACGCCGCCAUGGUGCAACAGCAACAGCAGCAGCCACAGCACCCGCAACGGGAUAGAGACGGAAUCGGUGUUGCAGCGGCGGCCACUGCGGAAUCGCCGGGAACCUCGAGUUCUCGUAGCACGCCGAUGAGCAAAGCGCCGCGGGAGGUGUCGGAGAGCUUGUACGACGGUUCAGGAGCGAACGGCAGUUUCUUGGACAAUUUGAUCAGGUCGAGCCUCGAGACGGGAAUUCCAAGGGACCAGAGGGCAAUGACCGACACGAGGAGUCAGCAACAAUCUUCCUCGCAGCAACCGCUCCCGGAAUCGAUGAGGAGCAAAGCGUUGAUCGACCAACUGUGCAGAAACUCGAGGAGAACGCCGGUACCGAGGUUGGCUCAGGACAGUAGCGAGGACGAGAGCUACAGGGGACCAUCGGGAUCCGGGAGGCCGAUUCCGGAAAGGCCGGAACGCGUGCCCACCGUCGAUCUAAGUCCAUCGCCGUCGGAGCGAGGUCGCAACGACGACGGCAGCGAUCGACUCACGUCACCACCGACGCCUCUCUCGAUCUCGAGAGCCGGAAGUAGAGACGAGGACAGUACCCGAGACUCGAGGAUCGAUCGUAGCAGCAGGGAGAGCGACGUUCACAACGGUGGACAGGAGGAUCGUGACAGAAAGACUCUGACCAUUCAACAGCCGCAGCAACAGCAGCAGUUGAAUCACUACCCGGACUUACACAAUCUCUACGCCGUAUCAACUGACAAAAAAAGUGCCUGUGAUAGUAAGCUUAUAGUAGAUCAUUCGAGCCAGAAGACUCAACAACAACAGCAGCAGCAAAAGGAGUACGGUGCAGUGAGCGGCCUGGUUGUACAACUGCAACGGGGCUACAAUACCGGAAACAACAGGUCCGGCGAGCAGGCCAACAGCCAGCAAUCGACGGAGCAACGUGGACCCGUGAUCAGUAUGGAAGACUCCGUUGAGCAGUAGGAAAAAGUCGGUAUCGUUGAUCAGUAAAGUAUAGAGUAACGAUAUAAUAUGGCGAGCGAUCCGUGUACACGGUAAAGCCCAUUCCCGCCCAAUGCUCCGGCAUUUUACACACCACGUUGCCACGGUCGAGGAUCCUCGGCCUCCACUUUCUCUCUCUUUCUCUCUCCUUCGGUUCGCACUCGGUAUAUACCGGAUAAUUGUCCCUCUUGUCUCUCGCGAUCGGCCUCAGCCAUCGGCCAACGCAACCGACAAAGAACCGGAAAUCGUGCACGACUCCGUCGCGCGUCGGCUAUGAAAGCGAACGCGACGGUUUCCGAGGAGAAGUGCGUGAAAGCCGAGCACCUCCUCCGUUGGUGUGUGUGUGCGCGCGUGUAUAGGACGAGGGACGUUUCGAAAACGCGAAACGUGGCACGAAACGUGGCACGAAACGGUAGUAGCCCCAGCCUGACCCUGCCCUUUCCACCCCGGAAGCCCCUUGAACGUCGCGAGGCAAGUUCAAUAGAGGAAACAAAAGGAAACGGAAAAACGAGUAACGAAAAUGCGUAAAUGCUACCCAACCAUCCGUGAACCCACUGCGAUUCCAUCAGUUACACCACGCAUAUGUAUCCGGCACACUCGAUCUCCGUCCAGCUGACGGUAGGUCGUACCGGAACCUUUUCGACUAUGGCGAUAUUUCGAUUCGG